AUGGCCACCCACUACGGAAUCAACACGACCGGCAGAGUCUACAGCAUCACAGGUGGUGCCUCUGGAAUAGGCCUCCGCAAGGAGGUCAAGGAAAUCAACCAGGACACCGAGGUGUACCUGGAGGACGUCGAUGUUGGCGACAAUGCUCAAGUCCAGGACUGGGUGCAGCGCAUCAUCAAAACGUCGGGCGCGCUUCACGGCUCGGCCAACGUGGCCGGGAUCCCGCAAAAGGCAUAUACGGGCGGCAGGCCCGCAAUCUUGAUCGAGAGCGACCAAGAAUGGGAGCGGAUCCUGCGCGUCAACCUCGACGGCGUCAAGUAUUGCACCAGAGCUCAGGUCGAAGCGAUGCUCAGCAUGGACAAGGGGAGCCACCCGGCCAUCGUCAACGUCACCAGCAGGUGGCAUUCACGCACAAUGCUGGCACCUAUGCCUACCAAGUCAGCAAAGCCGCAUGCGAGCAUUUCACCAAGGCCCUUGCCAACGACGUCGGCAAGAAGCACGCUUACGCCCAUGACCAAGGUGUUUUUUGGUGAUAUCCCUGAGGGCAAGUUCGAAGAGACCAUGGAGGCUUAUGGUUUGCCCCCCACUCCUCUUCAGCCCGAAGAUGUUGCACGUGUCAUUGUUUGGCUGCUGAGCGAGAACUCGUUGGACGUCAACGGCAAUGGCCUGCCAGUAGGUGGGAGCGAGCCCUGA